ACAAUUUAAAUAGCAAUACAUUAAAACAAAUUAUUUAUUUUGAAGUUGAAUAAUAUUUUUUAUUAAUAUAUUUGUUACUUCUGAGUUAAAAUGACUAAUAUUAGUAUUAAAUGUCAAAAAUGUCGAUUUGAAUUAGCAUCAAGUGAGAGUUCAUCUAUACUUGAUUGUCAUGAAAAAGAAAUUCAAAAUACAGCUAGAGUUACAUACAGUUGUAAUGAUAAUAUAAUGGAAAAUAAUUGGUAUUUAUCAUCUACUAAUUUACCAGAUUGGAUAAAUUCAUCAGUUGAAGAAGAAGAUUGGCAAAAGGGUAAAUUGAGUUGUCCAAAUUGCAAUUUAAGAGUUGGUUCUUUUGACUUUGUUGGUGGAAUGAAAUGUCCAUGUAAAAAAUAUGUAUUACCUCAAAUUCAUUUAGUUAAAAGUAAAGUCGAUAUUUACUUUCGAUAAAAAUUUUAUACUUUUUUAAUAUUUUUUAGUGUGUAUAAUAAAUGAUUUUUGUUAAUACUUAAAAAAUUUAAUCAUAUUCCAAUAUAUUACACCAAUAAUUAAAAUCUUUUAUUGUUUAGAAAUUAAAGUUUUGUACCUACUUUAUGUGAAACCAGAUUUCUAUUCUAAAUAAAUUGGAGUUUAAAAUUA